AUGAAAGCGACAACAACAAACUCUUGGUUGGCUAACAAGCUGUUCAAGUUGAGAGAUGAAGUCUUUACCUGGAUUAAGAUGAAAGUGGGAAAUGGUGAAUCCUGUAGAUUCUGGUCGGACAACUGGUCCCCCUUUGGGAAUCUCUCGCAAUUUAUACUGACCGAUCAAACUUCUCGUAUGGGCAUUGAUGCAAACUCCACUGUUUCAGACCUCUUUAUUGAUGGGAGAUGGAUGAUUCCCCCGGCGCGGUCAGAGAAAAUGGUACAACUCCACAUCUUUUUCACUACUUUUGCUCUCACUGAUACAGAAGAUUGCUAUGAAUGGGUGAUUGAUGACAAGCCGACAUCAAGAUUUAACACUAGUCAGGUUUAUCAGAAACUAAGGGGUCAGGAAGCAACAGUAACCUGGGCUCAAAGCGUUUGGAUUACAGGAGGCAUCCCUCGACAUAGUUUUCUCACUUGGCUGUUCGUCUUGAAUCGAUGCCCUACCAGAGACCGCCUCCGGAGCUGGGGUCUCCAGACGGAUGUUGUUUGCCUGCUCUGCAACCAGGAGCCUGAAACUAGAGAUCACUUAUACUUUCACUGCCCCUUCAGCUUUGCAAUAUGGGAGGAAAUCGGGAGGAGAUGUGACCUGCAACCGUUGCAGAAUUGGGAUCAGACCAUGAUUCAAAUGCAAUCUCUUCAAGGAAACAAAUACAAGAAACGACUUACCCUUCUCUGUUGGCAAUCAUCGAUUUAUUGGAUUUGGCAGGAGAGGAAUAAGAGACUUCACAACCAACAAUUUCGAUCACCAGAAGCUAUUAUUUCUCUCAUCACUCGUCAAAUUACGGAUCGGAUCUCUGCUUAUCGAUUGGACUCUCCUGCGAUCUCUUCGAUCAUCAUGCAACUUUGUCAGGGAAGUGACACCCUAUCUACUGGUACUGAUGAUGCCAAAGUCUGUUCAGCAACUGUCUUGGAAGCUUUAGCGAAGGUGUUAAGCGCACGUGCUCGUGAACAAGUAGCAAACAAUGCUGAAAUGAAUCGCAGGAGAGUGCAGCAACAAGUAGAAGCCCUAAUCAAGGACAACGCAGUGCUGAAACGUGCUGUUGCAAUCCAGCACGAGCGUCGAACCAACAGCAGCUAG